UAUGCAGGCAGUGCAGUGUCAGUGAGGAGAGAGGGAGCAGUCAGUGCUGCAGGGCAGAGGUUAGCGAGGAGGAGAGUGCGUGAAUGAGAGCUGCUGAAUCUGCUGUUUGCUUGUUUUGCUGGGCUGCCUCCUAUCCAAACAGCACUGGCACCACAGAAUACCCUGCCACCACUACAGACGCUGCUGAUUACCACGCUAGUUAGCCACGGCGCUAACAGGAGAGAAAGGGGCCACCAGGAAUCAAGUUAUCCGGGUUUCUCCAUCCUUUGAGCAGGGGACGUAGCCGUGUCGUGUAGUGGAGGGGGCUGACGCUGCGAUUUAGUCACCCGCUCCUACCUCCCCCAACCCCACUCCCCGUCCCCUUCUCACCAACCACCACCAGCAGCCCGCUUGCUCCUCCCUAUCUAUGCCCUUGUCCUCGGCGGCUCCUCUCAACUCCCUGGCCAGUAUAUGGAUAGAAGCUCCCUGUUUCAGCUCAUACAAGAGCAGCUGGACCCAGACAACACCGGUUUCAUCGCAGUGGAGAACUUCACCAGUCUGGUGGAGCACCAUGAGCUGCAGCUGGACCCCUCCAAACUGGACAUGCUGUUCGCCCUGGUGCAGAGCAACGAGGAGGGACAGGUGUGCUACCAGGAGCUCAUUGAGCUGAUGAGCAGCAAGCGUUCCAGCAGUUUCCGACGGGCCAUCGCCAAUGGCCGCCGUACGCUGCAGCGAGAGAUCCUAUUGGAUGAGACGGGCCUUGGUGUGUAUAAGCGCUUUGUGCGCUACGUGGCCUAUGAGAUCCUGCCCUGCGAGACAGACCGGCGCUGGUACUUCCACCAGAACCGCCUUUGUCCCCCGCCCAUAUUCAUGGCCAUCAUUACCAUUGUCCAGAUCAUCGUGUUCAUGUGUUAUGGCAUCAUGCUGAAUAAGUGGGUGCUGCAGACGUACCAGCCAGACUUCAUGAAGAGCCCCCUGGUGUACCACCCCAGACACCGCCACCAGGUCUGGCGCUUCUUCAGCUACAUGUUCAUGCACGUUGGGUUGGAGCAGCUGGGGUUCAACGCUCUGCUCCAGCUGAUGAUCGGAGUUCCCUUGGAGAUGGUCCACGGCAUCCUACGCAUCAGUCUGCUGUACAUGGCCGGUGUUGUGGCAGGGUCCUUGACGGUGUCCAUCACAGACAUGCGUGCUCCAGUGGUGGGGGGCUCCGGCGGGGUCUAUGCUCUGUGCUCGGCGCAUCUGGCCAACGUCGUCAUGAACUGGGCCGGCAUGCGUUGUCCAUACAAGCUCCUCCGCAUGAUUCUGGCGCUGGUGUGCAUGAGUUCGGAGGUGGGCCGUGCCGUGUGGCUGCGCUUCUCCCCGCCCUUGCCCUCCUCAGGGCCCCAGCCCAGCUUCAUGGCCCACCUGUCGGGGGCGGUGGUAGGCAUCAGCAUGGGCCUGCUCAUCCUGCGCAGCUAUGAAGAGAGCCUGCAGAAGCAGUGCUCCUGGUGGGUCAUCGUCUUCUCCUUCAUCACGUUCCUUCUCUUUGCGAUUUUCUGGAACAUCUUCGCCUACGAGCUGCUAGGGGUGCAGCUCCCGCCUGCUCCCUGACACCAAGAAGCUCCCUCCCACUCCAUUACAUUGUCCCUCUCAUUGUCAUAUGUCAAGACCCGUCCACUUUACCAUAUCCUUUUCCUGUCCCCUCAGCCAACCUCCCAACAACACCAUUCAAAACACCAUACGUUUUUUUCACUUAAAACUGUACAGGGCAGGAAUUAUUCUUUCCAUGUACCCAUAUCAUCAAAAAAUCAUAUCUGUUUUGUGGUGGGAGGGAAUUUGGUAGCAACAUAUGCAGGUGAAACCUGUGUAGCUCUCUUCAUAUCCUCAUUGUGGAGCAGCUAUGUAAAAAGGUCAUCCCUUUUGUCUUUUGUGUUGAAGCUUUACCCACCUCAAGGUUGAACCUGUCAGCGAGCCAUUUUGGUUAAUACCCAUGCAGCUUCAGUUCUCCUGUGUUCAGAGUGGGUUCAUGACCCUUUAGGUGCUUCUUACUGGACAGGUGUGCGUUCUGUCAGUAUCCCUCACUGCCCCUUUUAAAGCCAUGAGGCAGCAGGGCACCAGUGUUCUAUUGCUCAACAUGCACCUAAACACAAGAUCUACACUGUGGAAUAAUGAUAGGAAUUCACAGGAAUGGGUAUUACAUGUAACAAGGCAUGCAGCUAGGAAGUAUAGAGGUGGAAAAGACAAGAGGGGAGAGGGGAGAAAAAAAAAUGCUGAAACUGUGACAUCCUUUCUCCUCACCGUCACCACCGUGGUGCUCAUGUCCGUAGCCAUUGUCACUCUCCUCUUCCACCCAACCUAAAUGCUUCAGCAGGUUAGCAUAAUCUCUACCAGUACCAUAUGCUAACCUGCUAAGCACCAGCAUCUCAUCUAGCUAAUGCUAUAUGGUCGUAACUAAAACGCUUGCUCUGUGCACCUUGGACACACCAGCCUUCACCCUUCUGUGUUGCCAUCUCCAAGAACAACUUCUGCCUGAUGCUGUCGGUGUGGGAACGCAAAGAGAGAGAUGCACACACUGUCAAUUCUCACUCUAACACACUGAACUGGGGAGGGCAACGGACAUGUUAUCAUCGCCUGACCUCUGACCCCUGUGCCCCAGCGGGCAUUGGGGUCGGUCUGUCGAGGCCCAGUCUAUACCUCAGUGUCUCAUUCUUAGGGACUGUACACUUUUGUAAAGGAAUGUAAGCAUAAAAAAAAGUGUUAAUAAUUUAUUUAUGUUUUUCCUUUGAUUGUGGAUAUUAUAUGUUCAUAAUUAAGAGUAUAUGUACUUGUAUUUUUUCCUUGUUUGGGAAAACAAAAGAAGAAAAAGUUUCAAACGGUGCAGACUUAAUGCUAUGAUUGUUCUUAUGAUUACUCUUACAAUACAGCUUUGUUCCUCUGAAAAUAAUCAGCGAGCAGAAAUCUCUGGUUACUAUGACGAAUGAACACCAAUGACGCAGGUUACACUCGUCUUUAUAAAUCUUAGUGCUUUAAAGAAUAAGCCAUAGAAGAACCAAUUCAACAUAGACAUGGAAAACAAAGGAUGAGUAAAAACAGUCCGUGCCUGAUUUCUGGUAUAUGCUUUGGUGAAUGUUUCUGCCGUGUAGUCGUCAUUAUUAAGGUCAAAGCUGAUCAACUAUUUAAUAUGUUAUGUGGUAAAUGAAAGACAGGAUGACAAAGCCAAACUCUUUGUGCAAGAACAUGCUUGAGAAAUGCUGGACUGUUAAACAUGAAAUAUUUGUUGUUAAACACAUCUUAACAACUUGGUUGACCGAUAGAAUAUUCAGACACAGCAUUACUGUAUGAUUGACAGAUUCCAAAUCACCCCAGUGUGGUGAUGCCUGACUAGUCUUUUUUUUGUUAAUGACACAUUUUGGAUAGAGGAACAUGCCCCAAAUUAGCUCAUUGUCUGAACCAAGCAUUUGCUAAACUUGAAAUUAAAUUGACUUAUUAUGUAUUAUUUUUUUCAGUUUGUAAGCUAAUUCAUGUGAAAGAUUUCUUCUGACUGCUUUAGAGAAGUUUUAGUUUCCAAUGUUGACAGUUGGUCUCAGACAUAAUCCUCAGCAUACAUGAUUGUCACUGACAUGAUACUCGUAAACCAUAGAAUCCAUAGGACAUUAACACAGAAAAGGCAAUGGGGCCUACAUAGGGCUAGAAACUAAAUAUUGGUAAAACUGUUAAUAGGAGUAGGAACCUUCCCGAAAAUGAAAACUAAAGGGGAUGAUAAAGGCUGAAGUACAAGGUACAAGCUUCUAUUUCCACCCCCUUAAAAACACACCCAGGUCUCAGUUAAGUUAUUUGUCAACCGGUUGUUCUUAAAUGAAUGCGUGAUCAGUCUAAAAUAAGUCUCCCAUUCUGUAUUCAUAGACAUGUUCAUUUUUUCUCUCUUUUCACCAUGGCGUUUGAGACAGCCGUCGGAGGAAUUAAGAAGUGCGUAUAUCUUAAUUUAGCAGGCAGAGAAGAGGUCGACGGGAGUAGUUUAUUACCCGUCUACAAGCCAAAUGACUUCACCUUGGGCUGCAUCCAAACACAGCAGUAUUAACAACACGUCUUCUACAAAAGCCCAUCCAAUCCCACUCUCCUUUUGGCUGAGAUGCCCCUGCUUUGUCCAGACAUCCGAGGAUCUGGAGGGAGAGGCAUAAAUGCUGUGAUGAAGGAGCACGUGUCAAUCUACAGGCUGACAUAUGUGACCGUUUUAGAUGGUGCCAAUGUGUGUCCAUGAGCGAUGGCGGGAGAGGGGGAACAGAGGAGGAGGAUUGGAGAUGGCACCACUCAUAAAACACCAUUGGGGUGAAAGCAACUGUGUGUGCCUUCAUAUCUUGUCUUCUACCCAUCACAACGCCUCGGGCGUCAGAAAUGAUGUAUGGCUAUUACGAGGGGCUCUGUUCUACCAGGACCCGGGGCUCCACCACUGUAAACAUGAUCUAUUUUUCUUUAAGUAGAUGUGAAAGGCUGCAUGAUGCUGAUUUAAUUGCUGUCUUUUAUGUAACAUAUUUGUUUUCAUCUGGUGAAGAGUAGGAUAGGGGCCAGCCAACCAUACCAUGUGAUCCAUUAUAUAAAUGAUGCUCUAUUGAUUAGAACCCCACCACCACCUCUUUAGUGAGUGGUCUACUGGUCCCCUCCCCCUUCACAUUCACUAUGUAAACAAAGGUAUGCGGACACCCCUUCAAAUUAGUUGAUUCAGCUAUUUCAGCCACAUCUGGGGCUUAGCUCCUCCUCUGACUCCUUCGAUCAAGGUUACUGACCACACCCCCUGGUUACUGACCACACCCCCUGGUUACUAACCACACCCUCUGUGAUAUUUUCAUGAGGGCACAAUGUUGCAAUCUCCAUAGACAAACAUUGUCAGUAGAAUGGCCUUACUGAAGAGCUCAGUGACUUUCAACGUGGCACCAUCAUAGGAUGCCACCUUUCCAACAAGUCAGUUCCUCAAAUUUCUGCCUUG